CCAUCCUCUGCCUCUCUAGGGCCUGCAGCGCCCGAUGGAGGGGAAACCUGCCCUGCACGGCCACCGACGGGUCACCGGGCACCUCACCUUUCCGCUGCUCGCCGCCACCCUGCUGGCUUCCUUCGGCUCCUCCCUGCUUUACGGCUACAACCUGGCAGUGGUGAACUCGCCGGCCGCGCACAUAAAGGCCUUCUACAAUGCCACCUGGUCCCAGCGCUACGGACAGAGCCCGAGCCAGGACCUGCUCACCGUCAUGUACUCACUGACCGUCUCAGUCUUCGCCCUGGGGGGGCUGGUGGGCUCCUUUCCGGUGAGGAUGCUCGUGACUCGAUAUGGGAGGAACGGCACCCUUGUGCGGAGCACGCUGCUCGUCUUCCUGGCCGGCGUCCUGAUGGGCUUCAGCCGCUACCUGAAAUCACCCGAGAUGGUCAUUCUCGGCCGCUUCAUCACAGGGCUGCAUUCAGGCAUCUGCCUCAGCGUGGUGCCCAUGUACCUGGGAGAAAUCGCCCCCAAGAACCUGCGCGGCUUCCUGGGCCUGGUGCCCAGCAUCUUCAUCUGCCUGGGGGUCUUCUCUGCUCAAGUCCUGGGUCUGCCGGAGCUGCUGGGGGAGGAUGGAUACUGGCCUCUCUUCCUGUCCCUGGUGGUCAUUCCAGCCUCCCUGCAGCUCCUGCUGCUCCACUGGUUCCCCGAGAGCCCCCGCUACCUGCUGAUUGAGAAGAACAACGUCCGGGGGGCCACAGAUGCGCUGCGCUGGUUCCUGGGGAAGGACGAUGUGCGGGACGUGCUGGAGGAGAUGUGGGAGGAGCAGUGCUCACUCUCCUCCCUGGAGACCAUCUCCAUCUGGCAGCUCCUGUGGGAUGGCUCCGUGCGCUGGCAGACCCUCUCCGUGGUGGUGAUCAACAUGGGCAUGCAGCUCUCCGGGAUCGAUGCGAUCUGGUUCUACACCAACACCAUCUUCCAGCACGCCGGCAUCCCGGGACCCGAGAUCCCCUACACCACCGUGGGCACAGGAGCCGUCGAGGUGCUGGCCGGCCUGCUCGGCUGUUUCACCAUCGAGAAGCUGGGCCGGCGGCCGCUCAUCAUCAUCGGCUUCUCCUUCAUGGGCUUCUGCUGCGCUGGCAUCACCUUGGCCCUGGUGCUGCAGGCUACCGUGCCCUGGAUGCGCUACCUCAGUGUAGCCUGCGUCAUCGGGAUCAUCGCUGGCUUCUGCAUGGGACCAGCUGGUGUGCCCUUCCUGAUGACCGCGGAGCUCUUCAAGCAGUCACACCGCCCCGCUGCCUACAUCGUGGGGGGGUCCCUGAACUGGCUCUCCAACUUCACCGUGGGCUUCGUCUUCCCCUUCCUACAGACGUCAGCCGGCGCCUUCUGCUACCUGGUGUUCUGCGGGGUCUGCGUGCUGGUGGCGCUCUACGUCUACCUCAUCAUCCCCGAGACCAAGAACAAGACGUUCGUGGAGAUCAGCCAGAUCUUCGCCGCCCGCCGCCCCUUCCUCGCUGUCCCAGCCGGCGCCGUGAAGAUGGUCCCACUCGGCGGUUACGGGGCCUUGGAGAACAGCUCCCUGGAGCUCUCAGAGUCCAGCCGGGCAUGACCCACCCCAGCAGCUGCUGGAGUAGUGCCUCUUCCCCCUGUUGUGGCAUCCCAGCCCUGGCGGGUCAGGCCGGGAGUGGGGCUGGGUUCAUACGCCGGUGAGGGGCAGUGCUGAGACUGUGGAUUAAUUCCCUUCCUUUAACCUCUUCCCGCCUGGCGUCUGGCUCGGUCCCGUGGUUUAGAAAGGCCUUGAGCAGUGGGAGGCAUCACAGGUGUGAGGGUCGCUGGGCCAAGGCCAGCACCUCAUGCCCAGGCUCUGUCUCUCCCCAUCCCAGCAGUUGCCUUCUCCUCCUGGAGUCCCAGGGCAGCUUCUCCAGGUCGCUGCUCUGCAGCCCUGCAGGUCAUCGGGCCUGGAUCACCCUGCAGGGCGGAGUCGGUGCCAGCCUGGGACGAAGAGCCAGUGGGCUCAGCUGCUGCCUGCUGUCCCCGUGGUGAGGGGAGAACCCCUGCUCCCCCGGGGCCAUGGCCGGGAGCCAAGUGGGGGCUCAUCCCUGGUCUCCACGCCGGGAGUUGGUCCUUCCUCUCCCCCCCCCCCCCCCGGAGCCUCUGGCUUUGCCCCUUAGCGAGCCAGCGCCUUGGGGGAAGCACCC